ACUGUGGCUGCAGCUGACCUAGCGGGAAUCAUGGUAUCACGGUGUCCUCGCAGUGUUGUGGAGUAGCAGCCCGAAGUGUGUGCCAGCAGAACCGAGUUCGUUAUGUUCUUUGAAUUCAUGUAAUAAUUGUAUAUAGGGAUUACGUAUUUGACCAUUUACAUAACAAGAUGUCUGUUGAGGUCGGUGACUAGCUGAUGGAUUAACAUAAGAGUCAUUCUUGAACGGCUAGCAAAGGAGUCAAGAUGAAGACAUAGGGGCACCAUGGGGCAUGGUGUAGCCUAUCCCUGACAGCAGCUCUGAUAGUACAAGCAGCCAUGAUGGAGCCACAUGCACAAACCAUACAUCAGCAGGACAAUGAUAUGUACUAUCCACCAGCACUGGCAUACUUCUUUCAUGCAUUCCCACAUCUCAAUAUUACCUGUCAUCUUGUCAAUGCGACCUUUGACCCUGACAGUAAUAUUUACCUUGAGUCGCUGGGAAUCCUAGGGUCGCUGCCAGCAGCAUGGCUCAUCCUUACAUUACUUGUGUUGCUCAUCUACCUGCUGACAAGGUGCUGUGACCGCAAGCCCCGUCCCAAACACAGCAUUGUAGUUCUCAAAUGGACCCUUGCCAUUUUCACUCUUCUGUGCUGUGCGGCUAUUGGUGUUGGGCUCUAUGGAAAUGAUGAUGUACACAAUGGUCUUGUUCAGUUUGUGUUGGCAACACAGAGCAUGGAUGACAUCAUCACUGCAGUGAAAAAUCAGACUGGAACCAUUGAGGCAACACUCACACAGAAGGUGGAUCCUCUGCUAACGGAACUGGGAGAUGUAUUUGGGGAUCCAGUAGCUAACCAGACAGCCCGGAAAAUGGUAUUUGCCGCUUUGAGCAACGUAACAGGAAACACAAGAAUUGCUUUACUCAGUGUUCAGGACAUCAGCGGGCAGCUCAAAGGUGUCAGUCUGCGUGACAUUGUUUCUAUUGUACAGACUGCGGAGGGUAUCAGGUGGCCUGUGACAAUGGCUGUACUGAGCAUCUUACUUAUGUUUUGUGUGGUGUUACUAUUUGGGGUGGCACGCCAUUCGCGGUGUGCUCUUAUCACAUUCUCAGUGUUUGGGUUGUUUGCUGUCAUCAUCUCAUGGCUUCUAUCAUCUCUGUAUCUUGCCACAGCUGUGGCUUUGGGUGAUCUGUGCAUGAGUCCUGAUGGAUUCCUGGAGCGAGAAGCUGCCACAACACCGAAGGCAGACAUUUUGAACUAUUACAUACGAUGCGAUCAGUCACGGACCAACCCAUUCUUCCAGCGUCUGCGUCAAGGCCAGAAUGCUGUGAAGGAAAUGAGCUCAAAUCUUGUGACAGUUGCUCGCAUUGCAAAAGAGCUGUAUAAGCCUGCCGACCUGCAUCCUAAACUGGAUGUUCUUACAACAGACAUCAACCAAGUUGACAAAUUAGCUACUGGUCUCUCCACACUGCUGGACUGCAAGAAUUUGCACCGCCAGUAUCUCAAUGCCACACGCAGUGUUUGUGACCUUGGCCUUUACGGGCUCUCCUUUAUGCUGGCAGCAAGUGUAGCAGCUGGCUUUUUCUUCACUGUGCUGGUGUGGGUUGAUUCCCACACGUGGAUCUACAUAAGGCGGAGGCGUGACUACCUGCAGGUGGACGAGCAGGAUCCGUUUCUGCCUCCAUCGGCCGCAUCACAGGCCAUCGCCGCGCGGACACUGCGCAGCCAAGGGUCGUAUGGCAGCACAGGCUACUUCCGGCAUCAUCACCACUCCCCUCACCACCACCACCACACCCCUCCACCCACGCCGCCCUACCCUGGAACGCUAGAUGGCCGGAGUUCCCGCGAGGAAAAGUCCCAGCACAGUUCCCAUCAUGAGUCGGGAUUGCACAGCGGGGGAGGGUCUGAGCACUACGGGUCCUCUGGAGCCUCUGCAAUGCUUGGACCCAACCAUGGGCAGUACGCGACUCUGAGCAAGCAGUGCAAGACCCUCGAGUCCUCUGACUUCUACUGAGAGAAGCCUACUAACUGGCACAAUGAUGAUGCCCCCUGCCAGGUCACCAAGCUGUGAUCAACCCAUCAUAGCUAGCAGGGAUGCAGAGAUUUCCCACACUGGCUGGGAGCCUGGACGUGCCCCCUUCAUAGUCACUGACCAUUGCCAGAUGGCUUCAGCUGUGAAGGAAGGCCUUGGAACUCUCAGCAGGCAUACUGAAUCAUCCAGUGCUAGCAGCCCAUAUCAAAUCACAGAGUUGUGAGUUGCAGGGAGCUAGUAGUCAGAAGAAAUGGGGGUUUUGCUAUUGACCAUUCAAAGAAGAGUUGUCUACUCAUGGUGUGAUGGAAGCCAUAACAAUCUGUGUUUAUGAUAUAAGAUAGUCAUCAGGUCACUGUGUUAUGUUUGUUAAUGACACACUUGGGUAGCAGCAAACAGCACAUUUUUCAUGGUUCAAACACAUAGUGCAUCUGAAUUGUAGGUGUAUGUGUGUUGUGAAAUAGACAUCUACAAUAUGGUACUAGUAACUGUUCUGGCAUUAUGUAUCCAUCACUGUUUAAUUUUUGUGACAAUUUCGUACAUGGUUCCUGAAGAUGGAAUGUAUGUUGGGUCUGAUGUGGAGGAUAUUUAAUGUAAGAAUGGUGGCAACACUGUUUCUUUCUUGUACAAAUUCUUGCGCAGUUGUUCGUACUGUAUACGAGUUUGUAAUUUCAACCUAACUACAGUGAUCCAUUUGUCUGUUAAAUUGGACAGGACAUUUUAAGCUGAAGUUACAGAAAUUCAAAUCUAUGAAUUUGCCGGUGUAUCAGUAAUGCAGACUUAACACAUUCACACAUCAUCAUGUUAGCUGUAAGUGGAAUUCUGAUGGGAACAGAUAAUUUACAAAAAAAAAAAAAAAAAAAAAAAAA